CAGUGAGACCGUUGGGCUGGUAUUUCGCCUGCUCACAUCUACGGCCCUAAUCAAAAGUUAAAUAUUGUCCACUAUUUCUGCCAACUUCCUAUAUUUUUACAGCAGCAGACUAUGAGAUUCUGAAACGAAUCCCCUAGGUUAAUAUAAUAUACACAUCCAGUCAUGACCUCACGGAAGCGAAGUGGCAGCGGCUCUACUAAGCGGCCGAAGGAGAAGGUGGUCUACAUAUACGAGCUGUUGUGCCGGGGCGAGGAUCCCAGCAGCGAGAGUCCAGAAUUCUGGAACGAGUUCUUCCUGCUGCAGCCCAAUUUCGAGGCUCUGGAGAAUGAGAUCGGAAAACUUAACAGUGACCAGUUGCAGCUGGUCAAACCGAACCUGAACACUCUCUUCCAGAGGUGCAUCGAAAUGCUAGACACGGAAGACCAUCCGAAACGCCUGUGUAAUAGUCUGCAAACGCUCUGUUCUCUGUUUUAUGGGAUCUUCAAAAAGUCCAACGCAGAUCCCACGUUCAACAUCCUCAAUGAAAUCUUCGGCCACGAGAAGAUGGACGAGUGGCUGAAGCUACUCAUGCAGUAUUGCAAUCGCAUCCUGCUGGGAGAUGUGCCCGAGAAUGCUCGGUUUAUGUGCCUCAAACUGCUGCAGGUUCUAGUUACAGGAACGGAUAAUGUUAACCAGAAUGCUCUCUUCGAGCACCUGAUGAAUCACAGCCUGUUCGACGCCUUCGUCCGGUUACUCAGCGAUCCUACGUUCCGUACUCAGCACGGACACGAUAUCGUCAUUCUGCUCACAAUCCUUGUGAAUUAUCGUAAGCACGAAGCCACUAAUCCCUACGUAGUUCAGCUCUCCAUACUCGCCGAUGAACUGGCUCUGAACGGUUAUGGCCAAAUGAUAUCACAGUCGCUGAUUGACUUUUGUCGUCAGUACAUUCAGAGCCUUAACAAUGUGCAGUCAUCCUCCUGGUUCUCAUCGCUGUCGAAUAUUGUGGGCAACAUGUUUGUCUCGGAUGAGGGAUGCGAACGAGUGCAGCAGAUUAAGGCUAACAAUGGCCUCCUACUUGCUCUCUACGAGGCAGUGCACCUGAACAGGAACUUCAUCACAACUUUGGCUCACACGCAGGCGGAGUCCAGUGCCCCGCCCUCACCGAGUAACACAUUGAGUCUGGCUCAACCUGUGCCGGAUUUAUCCAAUGCACCCAUCAUAGACAUUACCCAGUAUCCCACUAAUCUGCUGGUGGCCGUUUUUCAAUACUGCUCCAUCGUAAUGCAGGAUAACAAGAACGAGUCAAGUAUUGCCAAUUUGAAGCUGUGUUUCCUCAUCCUCACCUGCAUUGCAGAGGAUCAGUACGCCAACUCGAUGAUGCACGACAGCAAUCUCACCUUUAAGGUAAUGCUGCAUCGGGCACAGAUGCGUCAUCGCAAGUUGAAUGUGGAUCGAGUUGGCAAAUCUCAGCCAUUGGCUGCCACUCUAUUGGAUCUGCUAGUGGAGUUCAUUGUUUCACACUUGAUGAAGAAGUUCCCCAUGGAGCUGUAUUUGCUCUGUAUUGGCGUUAUCCAUCGAAUCUUGUGCUACCAGAAGAGAUGCCGAGUCCGUCUGAAUUAUCCAUGGAAGGAACUCUGGUCGGCGUUAAUUGGCCUGCUACGGUUUCUCGUCAACCAGGAACAAACGCUGGUCAAGAAGUGCAACAUAUUCCAUUUGUCGCUGCAGGUGGUGAAUAUUUUCAAUCUGUUUAUCACUUACGGCGACACUUUCCUGGCCACCACAAAUAGUUAUGAUGAACUGUACUACGAACUGAACCGCGAGGAGAAGGUCUUCACGGAAAUACAUGCAAUGGUUCUUCGCUAUACAACGAUGCCAGACUGCGAAUACAAAGACGAUGUUAUCAAGCUACUGAAUGCCUUGGUUAAUAUACUGGCCAUUGUGAAGCACUUCCAAAACAAGAUUAAGGAAUGGCUUGCUGAACAGGGGCUUUCUACGCCCACGGAGGAGCAAAUACUCGAUGUGGUGCGCAAGAACUACGACCUCACGCUAAAACUGCAAGAUUCCCUGGAUCAGUACGAACGUUAUGCCGAGGCGCCUUUGCAUACCAAUUUCUUUAAGUUGAUGGUUCGUGAUGUUGUCAAUGAUACGCGCAAGCACAUCUACGGAUAUGUAAAGGAGGCCGUAUCCGUAAUACCCGACCAGGAGGUACUCCUCACCGCCUCAAUAACAUCCAGCUCAGCGGGAACCCCUACUGCAACUACGGCAACAGUAGUGCCAGAAGUAAAAGCCACGCCUGCCACGUAGAAAGUGAAUAUGGACCUCGACAGACUAUCAGACUGUUUAAUUGUUUCUUUUGCUUAGUUUUGUAAUAGUAUUUUAAAUAAUCAAAUCUCUAGAAGCAUAAACUCGAUGUAAUCUGUAAGAUUUAAAGUGCUUUGCGGGUCUUUGUUAGAUUUUGUUGUGAAGCAGUGCACUUAAAGGGAAAACAUAUAUAUUCUGUGCAAGUUUUUUACAUACGUAUACAAAAUAUAUUGCGUGUAUAUAAAAUAUGCUACAAAAA